UUUAUAAAUACAGUAUUCGCCUCCUAAUUUCCCUUUUUUUAAUUCCCCGGCGAAGAAGAUAUUUUAUACUCAUCUGAUCUCAUCUUCCUCACACUUGUUUUCGUCGUCUUGUUCGAUUGAAAUCAAUGGUACUCGGAGCUGCAGCGCGUGUAGCUAGCGUCGGUUGCCGUAGGCUCGUCUGCUCCUCCUCACAUGCUUCCCCCCUCCUCGUCUCCUCCUCUCAGUGCCGCCAGAUGAGUAUGGAUGCACAAAGCGUCUCCGAGAAGCUCAGGAGCUCGGGACUUUUGCGAACACAAGGUCUAAUAGGAGGAAAGUGGAUUGAUUCGUAUGACAAGACCACAAUCAAGGUUAACAAUCCAGCAACGGGUGAAAUUGUAGCUGAUGUUGCAUGUAUGGGAGUCAAAGAGACGAAUGAUGCUAUUGCUUCUUCUUACGAAGCAUUCCAAUCUUGGAGCAGACGGACUGCUGGAGAGAGGAGUAAAGUUUUAAGGCGAUGGUUUGACCUUCUGGUUGCACACAAGGAAGAACUUGGACAACUUAUAACUUUGGAGCAAGGAAAACCACUAAAGGAGGCUAUAGGAGAGGUCGCAUAUGGGGCAAGUUUUAUUGAGUACUAUGCGGAGGAGGCAAAACGUGUAUACGGUGACAUAAUUCCUCCUAAUUCGUCUGAUCGCCGGUUGUUGGUCCUAAAACAGCCUAUUGGUGUUGUUGGCGCAAUUACCCCUUGGAACUUUCCCUUAGCUAUGAUUACUCGAAAGGUUGGUCCUGCUCUGGCUUCUGGUUGCACGGUGGUUGUUAAACCAUCUGAACUUACGCCCCUGACAGCACUUGCUGCGGCCGAACUUGCACUUCAAGCUGGAGUUCCUCCAGGUGCACUUAAUGUGGUCAUGGGAAAUGCUCCUGAAAUUGGGGAUGCUUUGCUUGCAAGUCCACAGGUGAGGAAAAUCACGUUCACAGGAUCAACAGCAGUUGGGAAGAAGUUGAUGGCAGCUGCUGCACCUACCGUCAAGAAGGUUUCUCUAGAACUUGGCGGCAAUGCACCCUCCAUAAUAUUUGAUGAUGCAGACCUGGAUGUAGCAGUUAAAGGAACGCUUGCAGCGAAAUUUAGGAACAGUGGUCAGACAUGUGUAUGUGCGAACAGAGUACUUGUGCAAGAUGGUAUCUAUGAUAAAUUUGCUGAGGCCUUUUCUGAAGCGGUUCAAAAAUUAGAAGUAGGAGAUGGCUUUAAGGAGGGGGCAACCCAGGGUCCACUUAUAAACGAUGCAGCAAUUCAGAAGGUAGAGUCAUUCGUGCAAGAUGCCGUUUCCAAGGGAGCAAAAGUCCUUCUCGGCGGCAAAAAGCACAGUCUAGGGAUGACUUUUUAUGAGCCUACUGUUAUCCGUGAUGUUACGAGUAACAUGAUUAUGUCUAAGGAGGAGAUUUUCGGACCCGUAGCUCCCCUUAUUCGGUUUAAGACUGAGGAGGACGCUAUCAGAAUCGCUAAUGACACUAUUGCAGGACUUGCUGCGUAUAUAUUCACAAACAGUGUCCAACGAUCGUGGCGUGUAUCCGAAGCACUUGAAUACGGACUUGUAGGGGUGAAUGAAGGAAUCAUAUCAACAGAGGUGGCUCCAUUCGGUGGAGUGAAGCAGUCUGGACUUGGAAGGGAAGGAUCUAAGUACGGUAUGGACGAAUACCAUGAGAUCAAAUACAUAUGCAUGGGAGAUAUGAACAGACAGUGAUUUGGUUUGUUAGAUAGCUUGGAAAUGGUCAGCUACUCCUGCACUUAUAUAUCCUUCCAAUAACGGCUUACCUUUGAAGAGUUGUUCGUUGUUACUUUGAAACAUAAUAAAGGUUUGGAGAUUUUUUAUUUAGAAAUAAAGAAUUGGUCUAGUACGGACCAAUAUGUUUUAGCAUGGUUUUUGAAUGAUUUUGUUUCAAGUGAAUUUUUGUGUUAUAUUCUGACAAUUUCUGCUUCGUAUAUACUAAAAAGAGAAGUCUUGUUCUUGGAAAUCGAUGUGUUUUAUUUUA